UCUCAAUGACAGCCUUCUUCUGGAGGAAAUGAGCUCGCCGUAUCAAGACGCAGCACACUUCCUGUCCCGGACGGGUGGAGGGUGGGACGGGGAGGCAUCAUCUGUCAGAGCUGCUGCGGAUGAAAAACUGGGAACAAGAGGAGAUGUGAAGUUCAGAGAAACAAGACCAAAGAAGAUACAACAGGAUAAAAAGGAAAACAGAGGAGGAGAGACUGAAAGGGUUGGAGAGACGGAACAAAGGAGACUGAAACGUGACUUAAGAGGGGGUGGAGCUAGAGGAGAUGGAGCUCUGCUGCUGUUGGACACCGGUUUGGAGCAUUGUCUUCCUCCUUCGAACCAUCUCAGCUGAGAAGCUCAUCCUGAGCCAAACCACAGCCAGCUUUACUGAGGCAGCGGCCAGGUGUGCCCCAGGUGUACUCACCAGCGUGUCCACUGAGCAAGAGGUCCAGCAGAUCCUAGAGCUCCUCAACUCCUUGGAACCGCAUCAGGAGGAAAUCUCGGUCUGGGUCGGGCUGAAGAAGGUGAAGAAUGAGUGUGUGGUCCAAAAUCUCCCGCUGAAGGGAUACAAGUGGAUUGAGGAUGGUAGUCAGGAGACCAAGAUCAAUAUGUGGGUGGAGGAGCCAAAGCUCACCUGUACCGAGGUCAGGUGUGCCGCCAUAAGGCAGGGCUUCCUUCAGUCCAGUGCGAGGCUGGGUCUGGUCCCAGUCAGCUGUAAGACCAAGUACCGAUUCAUCUGUAAACCAAAACAUGGGCUGAUAGAAGUGUCACAUGAACACAGACCAGCCACCAGAACACCUGCUCUAGAACCAGAACUUGACCGCAGAACGACCAGGUCACCUGCUGCAGAACCAGAACCACCCACACCUGAAACAAGACUUGCAACACUCGAUCCAAGUCCUGCUCCACUGCAGACCCACAGUCCAAUUCCACGUCAUAGAACUGAAUCUGGUGCUGGCUCCAUACCAGUACCAGAAUCAGACCCGUGUCAGAUUCCCAAUGUUCCCGGCUCUCGCUACUUCUCGCUGGAUGAUAAGAAUAGCAGCCGGAUCCAGCUGGAGUGCUGGUCCACUAUCCGGAUGGACUUGUUCUGCUUGGGCCAACCCAUCAUGUGGCGGGUUCUGGAUGGCUCCCCAGCCAACCUGAGUCACCUCUGCCAGCACUGCUCUACCGGCUACCAGAAGGAUGCCUCUGGACACUGUGUGGACGUGGAUGAGUGCAGCAAGGAUGGAGUCUGCCCCCACACCUGCAUCAACACCCCCGGCUCCUACAGCUGUGUCUGUGGCCAUGACAUCCCCGCUGACCACGACAACGCCAACGGCACUGACUGUGAGGUCACAGGGGUAGCCACGGAUGAAGACCCACUGUGGGACAUCCUGGUCCCGGUGCUGGUUGCUGUGGGGGUGCUACUGGUGCUGCUGCUGGUGAUCGGGGUGACCGUGAAAUGCUGCAUGAGGAGGAGGUCAAAGAAACUUAACAAAGAAGAUGAGGAUGAGGAGGACAAACGGCCAAUGAGAAACAACCAAUGAGAACUCUGUGUUCAGUGACAUCCACGUCAACCGGUGCAACUGCUACUAGAUCAGAUCAGAAAAUCAGAACAUGUUGUUUUAGAUUAAAUUACACCUUAAAUCAAAUUUCUUGAAAAAUAACCUGCCAGGACCUAAUUCAGUCUGUUCCUGUAUGAACUAGUUAGUACCAGUCUGGCCCAGUACUGACUAGACCAGUCUGGACUAGACUGGACCUGUCUAGAUAAAUCUGGACCAGUUUAAAUCAGUCUGGAUCAGUCUGGAUCAGACUGGACAUGUCUAGAUAAAUCUGGACCAGUUUAAAUCAGUCUGGAUUAGACUGGACCUGUCUAGAUAAAUCUGGACCAGUUUAAAUCAGUCUGGAUCAGUCUGGAUCAGACUGGACCUGUCUAGAUAAAUCUGGACCAGUUUAAAUCAGUCUGGAUCAGACUGGACCUGUCUAGAUAAAUCUGGACCAGUUUAAAUCAGUCUGGAUUAGACUGGACCCGUCUGGAUGAGUCUGGAUCUUGACCGCUUGUAUUAGCAUGGACCAGUCUUGAUCAUUCCUGGUUAGUCUUGACCAGUAAGGAUAAAUCUUGACCAGUCUGGGUCAGUCUGGAUUAGUCUGGAUUAGUGUAAAGUCGUGUUUCCACGACACUUUUGCACAAAAGAAACUCAAAUCUCUGAGAGUUGGAUAAAGGCACCGCUGCAGAGCGUCAGCGUUUCCCGCGAUCACUGUUUUUCAAAUAAAUGUAACUCUCGUAACUCUAAUGACAAUCGUAACUCUUCCUGCGAGAUGUCUUUUAAAAAAACAACAAGAAAGAAAAUCUCAAAGUUGAAGAAGAUGGACUAAAACAUCUUUAGUCUUUGAUAAAUUACUGCAAUUGCUGCUACCGCUGUUGAGAAACUAGCCAAUCAGCGGACAUCAUUCAUGAUUAUUCAGCGGUAAAGUCCUUAUGUAACGUAGUAAUAAUGAUUAAGUAGUGUUGUAGUACAACAACAUCAUAUUCAUGAGACAAGAAACAGCUGAAACUAGAUUCUGAUGAUUUAAGAUUGACCGACUACGUCACAUCCAGCGCUGCCAGAGACCUGGAAAUGAGAAAAAAGAGAAAAAAGUUUUUCCAUGACACUUUUGAGAAUAAGUGGAUUAUUGAAUCACCUGAAAAACCUCCUCCUGGAAGCAUGAAAAGGUUUAUUUGAUCUUAGAGUUGUUGUUUUUUUUAUGUGACGUAGUCCGCUUCCAUUCCGAGAUUUCAAUAUUUGGUUUUGUGCAAAUCUAGCUGUGAUGAUGGAAACACACCUAAUGUUGGAGGUUGCGAGUUCUGUUGGAUCAUCUCGGCUCUUUCCAGACAAGAUCAACUGAAACUUUAUUAUUACUUUAUUAUUAUUUCUAAUUAAUCCAUUAAAUUAUCAUUUAUUACAUUAUGUUAAAUAAACAUUUUGCCAUGCGGACAUGACAUCUCAGGAAUGUUUUAUUUCAGAUUAAUCUCUGCUUUGAAAAAAUGUUUCAUUAUUUGAAGAAGUGUAAACGUGAAUAAAAUUUCUGUAUCAAAGUAGUAUUAUCUUAUGGUAUAUAUGAUCCUGAAAAUUAGCUGAAAAUUUCCCAGAAUUCAAUUUCAGCUCCAGGAAGACAAAAAGGAGGAUUUUUUUGCUGCAAGUUUAAAGGAAACUGCUGUUUCAGAUUUUGGAGAUUAAAUGAAGUUUAAAUGAAGUUUAAAUAAAGUUUCACAGGUUUUAUUAGGAAACAUCCAUGGUAGACUUCCCUGCUCAGCCAACGAAGCAUCCAGCUGUACAGCUCUACAGAUACGUGUUCUCCAUGUUUCUACAGCUGAGGUGCUUGUCAUCAUAAAAAAAGUUUAUGAUGACAAGCACCGCAGGGACAGGAAACAAUUACUUUGUUUACAAAUGGCUUUUCCUGUUUCCUGAAGAACGCCAUUAUUCACAGGAAAUGCUCUACCCCCACCUCAUGGGAGGGUCAUGUGACUGGUGGAGUUUCAGGUCUGUGUCUCAGGAAGACAAAUGAACCAAAAUCACCAGUAUUCAGAUAUUUUUUGUCUCAGAGUUGUGAAGCCUGACCUCCAACGAUAGAUUUAGAUUUGACAUCUGAGACCACAGAACAGAUUCUUGUAACCCUAAACGCCACCCAUAAAAACAAAGAGAACAUCAAUUAACAUACAACAUGUGUUGGCAACAGCUGUAGCGGAUGGAUGGAUGGAUGGAUGGAUGGAUGGAUGGAUGGAUGGAUGGAUUUGGACAAUUCAAUUUCCAGGUUAAAACUCAGUUGGUAAGAGAAAUAAUGCACAUUUUUAAUGAAAAUGCACAUCUCAUGGUUUUUGGGUUCAUGUCCCGGUUUUAUUAUUUUUGGUACAUAGGCCGCCGACGCAGGCAGGUGCACCCGCCCCCACGAAAGUGGCCCUCCAAGACCAGAGGGGCGCCCUGCCGCAGAGGCAGCGGGGGGGACCAGAGACGGGCCCGGAGAGAGGGAACCCCCCAACAGGGGGACACCCGCGCGGGCCCGACAAUGGAGGGCCCCAGACCCAGGCAUCCCAUUCAUCCAUAGGUUCCUGUUUUAUUUUGAACCCCUGUGUCUUUGUAUUUCGGUUAUUUCUUGACUUCCCUUGUUCCCAUCUGCCCUGAUCGUCUGCACCUGUGUCUCGACAAGCCUUCGUUGUAUAUCUUGUCUUUCCCUUGCUCCCUGCUGGUCCGUACCUUUUCCACCCUCCCUGUUUCAGGGGAGUUUUUGUAAUUUUGUCAAGUUUAUGCUCUUGUCUUUUUGGUAAUUCCUGUUCAGCAGCAUUUUAAGUUAUAAUAAAUCACUUUUUGGAACUCCUGCCUCCUCGUCUCUCCUGCAUCUGGGUCCUACUCCGUCCUCGCUGUGACAGAACGCACCAGCCAGGAGUAAGGGAAAGACGAGACAAGAUAUACACAAAAGGCUUGACGAGACACAGGUGCAAAUGUUCAGGCCACCUGUGAAGGGACGUCAAGACAUAAUUUGAAAACAAGGACAUGGGUUUUCAAAAUAAAACGGGAACCUAUAUACCAAACUGAAAAACCAUGACACAGCCCAAAAACCACGACACACGUUACAGAGGGAAGCACACAAUUUAACAGAAAUAUCUUGAAGGAAUAAAGAACAAACAAAAAAGAUAGAAAUAGACAUUUGUGUCUUUGCAGUACUUUUCAAUUUAAAUUAGUUUGCAGCACUUUUGAGACAGAAAUGAGCCAAUUUUAUUGUGUAAAUUAGAGCUGCUAGUAGCAGAGGGUG